AUGGCCAUAGUUUCCAAUGAUCCUAGUUGGUGGCCAACAAUCACUUUGGGUAUUCUUUAUAGCUAUUGGAUGGUUGCCGCAGGCCUUGUGGUGCUAUACGAUUGGGUACUGACAUUCGGACAAGAGAUUGAACUGAUCUGGAGGAAACGCUGGACUCUCAUGACUGUGCUGUACAUCGUUAUACGCUAUAUCGGAAUACUAUAUUCUGUUAUCAUCGUUCUAGGCGAUAUCAUGAUCUACGCAAUACAUGGGGCGAAUUUGGUCGUAGCUACCAUGUUGGGCGUCAUCAUGAUUGCUCGCUUACAUGCUAUGUAUCGGAGAUCUAGAAGGAUGCUCAUCUUCCUUGUUAUCAUCUUCCUGAUUGUUUCCAUCAUCUGCGGAGCAAUCACAGCAAUAGUAAUCAAGGUUACAGUGCCAGAGGAGCUGAUACUCUCUGGCGUAUAUAUAUGCUAUUUUGGGUCUGAGGGAAUUGUCCAGCUUUGGGUCUCUAUAGUUUGGGCGUGCUACAUUUCUUGGGAGUGCCUCGCAUUAUGUCUUUCAGUCUGGGUCGCUAUAAAACACUUCCGUGACCUGCGACGAUUCGGCUCAUCAACAGGAUCGACCAUCGGGGAUUAUUCCAGAGUGCUGAUACAGUCUCACGUGCUUUAUUUUACGAGCUUUGUUUGUGUCUCUUGCCUCCAACUUGUUAUCGUUCCAAAGCUUGUGAAUUCGAAGUCCAUGGGAAUUCAGAUACUCUUUAGUGCAAACCAAAUUUUAUUUGGCGUGCAGUUGUUUAUUCUGGGACCACGCCUCAUCCUUAGCGUUCGAGAACAUCACGCUGAGCUCGUAGCCGACUUCGACGAAGAAACUAGCAUGAAUUCGAUUGUCUUCCAGGAGCGUGUACAUGUAUCAACUAGCAGUACUGUGUAG